AAAUGUGUAGUCAAUAUGGAGCAAAUUCAACAAGGUCUAUUUGGAUAAAGGCAAACUCGUGGCCAAAUGUUUUGGGAAGUCGACUGCCAGGUGAAUUCAGAUGCAUUUCUUAAAAACAACUUCCGAAUGAAGCGCAAUUCUUUCAUUAAAUUGUGUAUUAUGUUGAAAGGUUUGGAGAAGAAAAACACUAACUACCGCAAGGCAAUUCAAUUAGAGAAGCGCAUUGCCAUUGCUUUAUAUGCUCUUGGCUAUACUGCAGAAUACCGAUCAAUUGGAAAUAUGUUCGGAAUUGGUAAAAGCACUGUCUGCUCCAUUCUAAUUGAUUUCUGUCUUGAAGUUUGGCGUUGUUUGUGGUCUUUGUAUUUGAAGAAAUUCCCAAUGAACGAAAUUCAAUUGCGCGAGUAUUUAAAUAGCUUUGAGUCAUUGGGCUUCCCUCAAGUGUUAGGAGCUAUAGAUGGUUGUCAUAUAGAUGUUCGCCCAGCUGCAGAAGAUGCUGUUGACUACUACAAUUACAAAGGCUGGUAUUCCACAGUUCUUUUGGCUUUAGUAGAUGCAAGAUGCCGCUUUAUAUACAUCAACGUUGGUAGUCCAGGCCGUUGUAAUGACUCUUCAAUAUUUGAGAGAUCAUCUUUAAAACGCGAGUUGGCACAAUCUACUAUAUUUAAAGACAUGAGUAGACAAAUAUCGUCAGUUAAUGUUCCACUCGUUUUGCUGGGCGACUCUGCGUUCAAAUUUGAYGAACAUUUGAUGAAACCAUACCCGGUGGUGGAGAAUGCGUUCGGUCAUUUAAAGGGAAGGUUUAGACGGGUUGGAAAAGGCUUGGAUAACCACAUGGCCAACACGAAAAUAGUCCUAAAAGCGUGCUGCGUUUUGCACAAUUCUUUAGGUGAGGAAAAUGAUGAAAUUAAUGAAAAGUGGAUUGCAGCACAACAAAUCGAAAACGAAUCUCGGCAGUUGCCAGAAGACGUCUCUAACAUUUGUGGAAAUGUCAACCCAAGAGUAGAAGAAAUAAGACAAGCGUUCGUUUUGUAUUUCGUGAAGUAA